UUUUUUUUUUAAAUUUGCUAUUGUCUUUUCCAGACAAUAAAUAACAUUAGAAUGGCUCAGGCAAUUCGAGAUCUUCUCAGUAGAUUUGCAAAGGGUCCUCCUGCUGGGUCAUCUGCAGGAAUAUCACUACUUGUUGGUGCAGGUUUGGCUGCUUAUGGAUUAAAAGAAUCAGUAUAUACAGUGGAUGGUGGUCACAGGGCUAUUAUUUUCAGUAGAAUUGGUGGGAUACAGCCUGAGGUAUAUUCUGAAGGUUUACACUUUAGAUUACCUUGGUUUCAAUACCCUAUCAUUUAUGAUAUUCGUGCUCGACCUCGUCGUAUCAUGUCUCCUACUGGUAGCAAAGAUUUACAAAUGGUAAACAUUGGUCUUAGAGUUUUGGCCCGACCAGUUUCUAGUACCUUACCUCAGAUGUACCAAAGAUUAGGUUUGGAUUUUGAUGAGCGUGUGUUACCAUCCAUUUGCAAUGAGGUUUUAAAAAGUGUGGUGGCACAGUUCAAUGCUUCACAACUUAUCACAAUGCGUCAAGAAGUUAGUUUGAUGAUUCGUAGAGAUUUAGUUGACAGAGCAAAGGAUUUUGAUAUCAUUCUUGAUGAUGUGUCCAUCACAGAUCUUAGUUUCAGCAGUCAGUACACUGCUGCUGUAGAAUCUAAGCAAGUUGCUCAGCAGGAAGCCCAAAGAGCUGCAUUUUUAGUUGAAAGAGCAAUCCAAGAACGACAACAAAAGAUUGUUGCUGCUGAAGGGGAAGCACAAGCAGCUCUUUUGCUUGGAGAAGCCAUUAAUGAAAAUCCAGGCUAUCUGAAACUGAGAAGAAUUCGGGCUGCUCAGAAAAUUGCAAGAGUCAUUUCACAGUCUCAAAACAAGGUGUAUUUGAAUGCAAACAACCUCCUCUUGAACAUUAAGGACACUGAUGAAAUAGAUAAAGCAUUGUCUAAAAAAUAAUAAAAAAAAACUUAUCCUUUUUAUGUUGAUGCUACUUUCUAACGAAUACAAACAAUUUUGUGUUCUUAUCUCACAUGACCAUGUUGUAAUGUAUUUUUAUAAUUUUCAUAGAAAGAUCAUGGAUGUUACAUACAAAA